AUGAACAGUAAAAAGGAUUUGGAGACUAUAUUCAAUAGAAAAUGUUAUGAGGAAGUAAAGAAGUUUUCUUCAGUCUUAUAUCUAAAUUCUCCAGCAGCAUAUGACAUUGUAAAAGAAAUAUUUAUGCUUCCAAAUACUUCUGUUAUCAAAUCAAGGCUCCAAGUGGAAGAUUUCUGGCCAGGUUUUACCAAAGAGGCUCUAACGGUUUUAAGCUGUCAUGUUUGUAGAACUCCACGAGAAAAAUUGUGCUGUGUGAUGUUUGAUUUUUGUGUGGUUGGCUCCAGAAAUUCUGUUAAAGUGGCAAAGCUUCUUGGUUGCAGUGUUCGUCCAGAUAUAUCUAAUGAGAUAAUUACCACUUUCCCUCACCCUCAUAAUCAAGAAAAAAAAAUUCAUUUUAUCUUUUCUGUUGGUCAUACUCUUCCUCUUUUAAGAAAUCUUCUCGCUGAUAAAGGAACCCUUCAGAGUUCUGUGUAUGGGGAAAUUAAGUGGAAGCUGAUAAAACAGCUGACUUGUCCUUCAAACAUAGUGGAGCUAGAUUCAUCCACUGGGAGCCAAAAUCACAUAAAAUUUUAUAAUCUUGUAAAAAUAAUAAAGAAGUGUGGCUCAGUAUUUAACUCUACAGUUGUAGCAGCUUUACUGCUUGCUGAUACUUUGAAGUUUAAGAAUUUUGCUAAUCACCGAAAUACUUCAAAUUUUAUUGCAGAUGUUAAACGAACAUUUGACUUGCUAAAUGCAAGAAAUCCUAUUUCUUCAGAAGACAGACCUCCUAUUCAUUGGACUACCUUGCAGGAACAAGUGGAGUCUCUGUUGAAUCUAACUGACAGAUUACUUGAUCUUGAAUUGACAUCAGGAAGGCGGGUUGUUGAAGAUUGUCGAUGGAUGUCAGUUGCUUUACUUGCUUUUACUCUGAAAAGUGUUUCCCAGUUAGCUUCGGAAUUGUUGAAAGAAAAGACAAUUUUGUAUUUUAAUACUUAUCGCAUCAGUUUGGAUCAUUCUGAAAUGGUAAUAAACCAUCUUCAGAGACAUGAUUGUUGGAGUGAUAUACCUACCCCGUCCAUUUUUAGAAAAGCAUAUAAAAACCUUUUUACUAAGACACAAGGGAGUUCUUUUUAUCAUUAUGACUUUGAUGGUGAGGAUUUUACUGUUGGACAAGGAGAUAUAUAUUUAUUCAGAAAUUAUUUUCGCUUAGAUCAUGUUCUUAUUGGUAACUGUGUCAUGCAUUCCUGUAGCCUAAUUGAUUUAAGAGCUGAAGAAGAGUACAGAGCAAAUUGCAUUCUGGAAGUGGUAGUCCAAACGGCUUAUCAUGUCCAGAUUGUAUGGUAUAUUGUUAGUGACAGUAUACAUAAAAUGCAGACAAAGAAGAAGAAAAAGGAUGGCAGGGUUUUUAUGAAAGACAGAGAUAAUAGCAAAGAUUCAUAUGGUUUAUAUUUGUUGCAUUUGAAAAAUACUUAUUUGAUGUCUAGAGGCUGGAAAAAGGAACAAGAUCUUGGUAAUGUAGGAAUAUGUGAGUCGUAG